AUCGCUAGCAUUAAUAAAAAUGUCAAGGGAAGAUUUUUUAUUUUGGCUAUUCACCUUUAUUUUUUAAUAAAAAUAAUUAUUUUCUAUAAAAAAAAUCAUUAUGCAUCAAUUUUACUAUUGAGUGGAUAAUUUCUCAUUGUUCUAUAUAAAUUUUAUAAUUUCUUGUUCUUUAAUAAUUUCUUUUUCUUUAAACGAAGUUUUCAUAUUUUAUGGGGACGCCGAGUAAGAAUUUCAUUUAGAAUAUUAAUUUCUUCGAAACCCCUUUCCAGGAAGAUUUGAAGAGACGAGUUUUUUCUUUCAGCUUUCGACUAGAAGUUUCAACAACGAUGUAUCAUCCAACCAGAGGUGGCGUCCGCGGCGGCCGAGAUCAAUUUAGUUGGGAUGAUGUUAAGGUUGAUAAACAUCGCGAGAAUUAUCUUGGUCAUAGUAUUAAGGCCCCAGUUGGAAGAUGGCAGAAAGGUAAAGAUUUACACUGGUACGCCAGGGAUAAAAAAUCUGGGAGUUCAAAUACAGAUGCUUUAAAAGAAGAGAUAAAAAGAAUUAAGGAAGAAGAGGAGCAGGCCAUGAGGGAGGCGCUUGGGUUAGCUCCAAAGCGUGCUAGUCGGCCUCAGGGAAGUCGGCUUGAUAAACAUGAGUUCUCAGAACUUGUGAAACGAGGCUCUACAGCAGAAGAUGUGGGAGCGGGGCAUGCAGAAGCUGCACGUGUUGAUGGUCUUGGUUUCUCAAGAGCGCCCCGUCCCUGGGAAGACCCAACUACUCUUCCUUCUAAUCAAAAAGAAGUUCUACCUGAGCCAGUGAAGGAGGUUGUGCCUGAUUCAUCAGCAAGGAAAUCUGAAGAAGAUGAAUCAGAGGGUGAAAGCAGCCGAAAGAAGAGGAAGCACGAGGAGAAAAAACUUGAGGAGAAGAAACAUGAGAAACGUGAAAGGCGUGAGAAACGGCGUUCUCAUGAUACAGAUGACAGAAAGAAACACAAGAAACACAGCAAGAGAAGACACGACUCUGACUCUGACUGAACGAACGAAGUUGUAUUUUAUCACGUACAUUUGAUUAUAUAUUUCUCCCCUUUGUAGAAAGUGGAAUGUCUGGGAUUUAACAUGGUGUAAGAUUUUCAGUUAUGAUAUUGUUUUGUGAUUAGCCAUUUGCUGGCCUGUGAAUUUUCCAUGUAAAACCCUAAUGGAGACAAGAAAUCAGUAGGGUCAAUUUGGUAUUGAAUGGCACGUUUAAAGGAUAACACUGCGAGAUAGGUCCUGGGCAGGAGGACGAUAUGUAGUUGCAGUUGUAUAACUUGUUAAAACCAAAAGAAAGGAAAACCCCCCAGUUAUUAUC